CAUGGCGUGGCUGCUGGCGGCGGCGGCGCUUCUGGCAACGGCGCUGGCGGGGCGGCCGGCCGGAGGGCUGCUCUUCCCGCGGGCCUCGCCCUCCCGGGAGCUGCAGGAGUUGGGCGGCCUCUGGCGCUUCCGAGCCGACUGGUCCCCGGGCAGGCAAGCCGGCUUCCAGGAGCGAUGGUUCGCCCGGCCCCUCCGGCAGUCUGGGCCUGUGAUUGACAUGCCCGUCCCCUCCAGCUUUAAUGAGAUCACACAGGAUCUAGACCUGCGGGGGUAUAUCGGCUGGGUUUGGUACGAGAAGGAGGUGCUUGUCCCUGCUCGGUGGCUCCUGCCGGACGCUCGGACCCGGGUGGUGCUCCGAAUUGGCAGCGCGCAUUAUUAUUCUAUUGUGUGGGUCAACGGGGCGCAAGUCACCGAGCACGAGGGCGGACACCUUCCCUUCGAAGCCGAAGUCGGCCGCUUCCUCCUCGGCACCGCAGGCGAACCCUGCCGCAUCACCGUCGCCGUCAACAACACGCUGACGCCCUACACGCUGCCUCCAGGGACCAUUGAGUAUUUGAAGGAUGAGUCCAUGUAUCCCAAAGGCUACUUUGUCCAAAACACGAAGUUUGAUUUUUUCAACUACGCCGGCCUCCAUCGCCCUGUUCUGCUUUACACAACCCCCACCGCCUACAUUGAUGACAUCACGGUGACCACAGACUUGAUGGGAAAUGUCGGCUUGCUGCAGUAUUUGGUAUCGAUCCGAGGAAGCACUCACUACACCUUGACCGUCACUUUAUGCGAUGGAGAUGGUGCCGUGGCCGCCACCGGAGACGGAUUGGCCGGUGUCCUCAAAGUGCCAAAUCCUAUUCUUUGGUGGCCAUAUCUCACGCAUGAGCGUCCAGGGUACCUUUAUUCCUUGAAGGUGUCUCUCUCUGCUGAGGUGGAUGGGGAGAUCCUUCAAGACAGCUACACUCAGCCCGUGGGCUUCCGCACCGUUGCUGUUACCCGCAAUCAGUUCCUCAUCAACGGAAAGCCAUUCUACUUCCACGGGGUGAACAAACACGAAGAUGCUGACAUCCGUGGCAAAGGGCUGGACUGGCCCCUGAUUGUCAAAGAUUUCAACCUCUUGCACUGGCUGGGGGCCAAUUCCUUUCGCACCAGCCACUACCCAUAUGCGGAGGAGAUCCUUGAACUUUGCGACGCCUACGGCAUCGUUGUAAUCAGUGAAUGCCCAGCAGUGGGCAUGAGAGACAGCAUCAACUUUGGGAACAAAUCUCUCCAGCACCACCUUGUCGUGAUGGAGGAACUGAUCCGCCGGGACAAAAACCACCCCUCAGUCGUCAUGUGGUCAGUGGCCAACGAACCAGCCUCGGAGCUGCCCCCAGCUGCUUACUACUUCAAGACCGUGAUCGCUCACACCAAAGCGCUGGACCCCACCCGGCCUGUCACAUUCGUCUCCAACGCCAAGUACGACCGUGAUCAAGGGGCACCUUAUGUGGACGUCAUCUGCGUGAACAGCUACUUCUCCUGGUACCAUGACCCCGGGCAUCUGGAAGUGAUCCAACUGCAGCUCAACGCCCAGUUUGAGAACUGGUACAAGACUCACCAGAAACCCAUCAUCCAGAGCGAAUAUGGAGCGGACACCAUCGCUGGUCUCCAUUCUGACCCUCCUCUCAUGUUCUCAGAGGAAUACCAGUCAGCCAUGCUGAAGCAAUAUCACGCCGUCUUAGACCGAAAGAGGACAGAAUAUGUGAUUGGAGAGCUGAUUUGGAAUUUUGCUGAUUUUAUGACAGGGGAAGCUGUCACGCGCGUUUUGGGUAACAAGAAAGGAAUUUUCACCCGUCAACGGCAACCCAAAUCCGCCGCCUUCCUUCUGAGGGAGAGAUAUUGGAAGCUGGCUAAUGAAUCGAGCUGCUUGGCAUCCCCCAAAUACGACAACGUCUGCCUGCCUGCAGCUCAGGUCUUCAAGCAAACUUGAUGAACUCCUUGUUUUGAAACCCUGCAGUUUCUCCCCCCCCCCCCCCCGGGGCCAAAGAAGAGCUUUAAAAUCAGGGAAGACUAUUGAGAUUGCACCCAGGCGUAGAUUAAUUUUCUAGGAUGAGCCGCACAAGGAACAAAUCUGGUUUGGAUAUUUGCACCCAAAAACUGCCAAGCAGGGUGUACAUGAGGAGCUGACAACCGAACCACACUCUUGACUUUCAAGCA